GAGAGAUGAUGAUUCAAAUCCCUCCUCAGAUUUACCGCCGGUUAACCAGUGGCAGUUACACUCCACCUCUUUAAAUGUUAAUCAACUGAUUAUCAUAAUAAAAGUACAACAAUCUAACCAUUUCUAGUUAGAUGGCGUUCGAGUUGAAACUUAUAGUUACACUUGGAGUCGAGUCCAAGUAAAUGUUAUUUUCUAGUUAACUAUAAGUCUGAAUGGUUGCAACAAUUACCUAAAGUGAUAUUGACAUUAAAUUGUGAUUCAAUUGAAAAAUAAGUAAAUUGUUACACUUGGGAAAACAUUGAAUCGAUCAGAACUGAGAACGAAAAAUGAAAACUUCAAGUUCAACAUCGAUAACCAAAUCAUUGGUAUCGAUAAAAACACCGAUAAUUAAAACAACACCUUCAACGACAGUUACUAAUACCUCCCAAUUAUUACCUACAACCAAUUCAUCACAAUCAGUUAAAUCAAAUAAAUUAUCAUUUUCUAUUGAUAGUUUGAUUAAAAAUGAUGUAAUUGUUAAUGAUAAUGAUGAUGAUCAUGUUGAUAGUGAUUUAGAUGAUAUUGAUGAUGAAAAGGAUAGUUUUAUCUCACCUUGUGAGACUGUCCUCUCAUCUUCAUCUCCAACCUCAUCACCAUCACCUCCACCUCAACCACCAACUCAUCCUCAUCAUCUAAGUCUUCAUCCCUUUCAUCAGCAUUUUCAUCCUCAUCUUCACCAUCACCAUCAAAUUGAUUCUUCAUCAUCAUCUCCUUAUGCUAAUAUUGGACUUUUCUCACCAAGAGGUUACCCUUGGCUUAAUGGUGGCGGUUUUUUGAAUGUUAUGAGUGCCAAUGGUGUUAAUGGUUCCAAUGGUGGAGGCAAUAGUGAAGGUGUCAGUGGAAAUGGAUUACCAAGAUUACCAGCGAUUAAAUGUCAAUUAAGGAAACACAAGAGUAACCGGAAGCCUCGAACUCCGUUUACCAAUAAUCAACUUUUAGCAUUGGAACGAAAGUUUCACACCAAACAAUAUCUUUCGAUAGCUGAACGAGCCGACUUUUCAUCUUCACUUAACUUAACGGAAACUCAGGUCAAAAUUUGGUUCCAAAAUCGUCGGGCUAAAGAUAAACGACUCAAGGAAGCGGAAGUGGAAAAAUUAAGAAUAUCAACUCGGUGCUUACCUGGUGCUUUUGGUCUGCAAUUUUAUCAUCCUCGACCUCCACCUCCUCCAGCUCAUGUUUCAUUCUCACUUUUUCCCAAUCAACACUCACUCAACUCACUAAUUUGUAAAUAAUUAACAUUGUCAUCAAAUCAUUUUCAUCUUAAACAUUAUGUUUUAAUUGUAAUUAACAUCCCAAUUUGAUUCACCCAAUUUAAUCAACUGAUUUCAUUUUUUGCCUGUUAAUUUGAUUAAAGGUUAAACUUUUACCCUUCA